AGUGUCUUUUAAUCAGCGUGAAGGGACGACGAGGGAGGGGGUUUGGGCGUGGGGGGUCCAGUUUUCCUCUCUGCGAGCCAGUCAACACCCAAAAAUACCCCUCAGCCAAUAGAGGCCAGCCGCUGGGGACUCACGUGGACGAGGCGCCCUUAAAAACCCAGUAACGGAGUUUUUCCACAACUUCAUUUUCUAGGCUUUCCCUCCUUCGCGCCUCGAAGCCUAAGUCCCCCCCAAUGUGUCUGUUUAACCUGCAUUACCUCAUUUCUAAGUCGUUUCUCUCGCAUCCGCUUUUUCGCUCUCUUUCUGUCUCUCUUGUUCUCCCUUUCGCCAGUCCAAUUAUGUGGCUGGCAUUGCAUCACUUAGUUGAUACAGAAUGAUCUUCGCUACUCCAGCCAACUGUAGAAGCCCCAGUGACAGCAGCGACUUCCACUGAACUAAUGAAAAUUUCAACAAUUGUCUCUUCAGUCUGCUCAACUCCAGGUAGUCAGUAUAGCGUUGUCCUUGGUGCUGAAAUCAACUCGUUUACGCCGGUCGGCUGUCAAGGGUGGUGCUAUUCGAAGUGCUGUAUAACUUGUGAAUGUUAGCGUGGUGUCUGGCUAGUAUGAUCCAUUUGAUGAUAAUUCAAAAUUAACGACGUCGAGACACUUUCAGAAAGAAAAACUGGAUCCAGCAAAUCAAUUAAAUUCGCCAACUGAGAAUAUCUUCCAGCGGUAUCGAUUUUUUGUAGGGCGAGGAAACGAAAAUAUCUGGAGACGGGGUCGAUUUCUUCUUCAACUGCUUUAACCUCGUUAACCUGGUGAGUUUUUUUCCUGUGUGUGUUCAGUUACAUGAAAAUAUAUCUGGAACAAGAAACUUUCUGAAAGAGUGGAUUUUCGGUGGAAUUUCUUCCUGGAUACGUUACGGUUAAUUUGUAGGCUUUUUCUGCCCUACGCUUUUCAAGCUGAACUUGCCCGAAUCUCAAUGAUAGUCUGAGCUCGGGGCUUCGACGAAGCGUUGCUGAACUAUGGAGCCGUCUUCUAACGGAUCCAGUUUUGGGAUCGACUCGCUACUCUCACACAGACCCGGCAGUCCGGUCAUGUCAAAAGGGGACAGCCUUGUUGGGGAAUGCCGUUCUCCGCUGGAGUUCAGCCCACGGUCUGACUUGGAAAGCGGAUGCUCGUCUCCCCCCUCGCCGAGGCGGGAAUGCGGAGAUGAGGCAGCCCAGCGACAGGGUCACGCACUCGGGCUGCCGGCCCAUCUCCAACACGGCCAGAUCUCUGCCGGUUCGCAGCCUCGGACUGUCACCUCAUCUUUCCUUAUUAGAGACAUUUUAGGUGACUGCAAACCGCUGGCCGCGUGUGCGCCAUACUCAAGCAACGGCCACCCAACUCAAGAAGGGGGCCGACUGGUCUCUAAAAUUGCAGACGAGUUCAUUGAGAAGAUACACAGUAACUCAUCAUCAGACAGCGAAUACAAAGUUAAAGAAGAGGGCGACAGAGAGAUUUCGAGCAGCAGGGACAGCUCGCAGAUCCGCCUGAAGAAGCCCCGGAAGGCGCGCACCGCCUUCACCGACCAUCAACUGGCCCAGCUCGAGCGCAGCUUCGAGCGCCAAAAGUACCUGAGCGUGCAAGACCGGAUGGAGCUGGCAGCCUCGCUAAAUCUCACCGACACACAGGUGAAAACCUGGUACCAGAACAGGAGGACCAAGUGGAAGAGACAAACGGCGGUGGGACUCGAACUGUUAGCGGAAGCUGGAAACUACUCUGCUCUGCAAAGGAUGUUUCCUUCUCCAUACUUCUACCCACAGAGUUUGGUGUCCAACUUGGAUCCCGGGGCGGCGCUGUAUCUGUACAGAGGACCCUCGGCUCCUCCACCGUCUCUUCAACGACCUCUCGUCCCGCGGAUUCUUCUACACGGUCUUCAGGGCGGAAGCGAGCCACCGCCUAGCUUAAAUUCCCUCUCUGGCGUGCUGUCGCGGGCCACGCAGCCACGAUGAGCCGGACACACUGGACUCACAUAAAAGUCGGCAGCUUGGAACUCCACGAACAAUAGAAAAACAGUGAGGAAGAAAAAAAAUCUAUAACUGAUGACCUAUGAAUCAAGUCAUAUCUUUCAAAAAGCCACAAAGAACAUAUGGACUGAAUAAUUGAAUAAUGUUCAUUAGGCCUAUUUAUUAUUUAUUUAUUUUCCCCGAUGUAUUUAUCUUGGAUAUAUAUUUAUAUAUUGUUUACCCUCAGAUCUUCCUUGUAGGACAGUAAAAGCAACACAGCAACUUCGACAAGGGCGCAAUAAUGUUGCUGUCACUUGAAUCUUAAGAUAUCAGGAACCAUUUUCUUUACCCAAUUAUUAUUAUUAUUAUAUUGCCGGGAUAUUACAAUUACAUUGAAUACAACUGUAGGCCUAUUAUUUCCUUUUUGGCCUCUAAAUCGAGCCAUUCCGUACAUUUCAGACUCACAGGCAUCUCAAGUUAAUUUCUACUAGGAAAUUCUUGCAAAAUUGCUUUUAAUUAGGAUUAGGAGUUUUCAUUAACAUUAAAACAAUGUACAGAAGAAAACAUACGUGUAAAUAAGAAUAUUUUGUGUUAUAUUCAAAGACAGAACCUUGAUUUAAUAUAUUUUCUCGUUCUCUCGUGUGUAUCCUUCUCAUGAUCUCAAAGCGAAGGAGAUUCCAGGCAGCAGCACACCUAAGGCUGAAAAUGUUACGAUUGCCACAGGCAUUCUCAGAUUUCCUAACUUCAGCUGAAUAUAACAAAUUGACUGAUAAAUCUGCGAAGAAUCAGACGUUCAUUUUCCAAGUUUUGAUUGCAGGGUCAUCGGGACCAAUAGGAGGCCAAUAGAAGUUCAAAGUCACAGAGGACAGGGCAUGUUAAGAUGAAAAUUGAUGUCCAACAGCCACCAAGACUGAACUGAAAUAAUUUAUCAGCAUAGACUUUGUGCCCUACCAAUGUCCUUCGGUUACGCAUCACAUUUUUUAAAGGAUAAACAUCCAAGCAUUCCAUAUAAAAUACCACGAGAGGAAGAGUAAGUGGGAGUGGGAGAGAGAGAGAGAGAGAGAGAGAGAGAGAGAGAGAGAGAGAGAGAGGAAGGAAGAGAGAGAGAGCGAGAGAUUACAUAAAUAUCUUCUUCGGUGUAAAGAAAAAUCAGACACUUUAAUAAUUAAUCAAUGGAUUCUGACGAUCCAUUAGACAAUAAUUAUGGUAAUGAUGAGUGUGUUGCCAAUAUGGCUCUCCUUCCCACUCCAACAUGUCAGGCAUAUUCAGGCAUUAGACAUUGUGCAUUAUUUCUGUCAUUGGGUAUAUGAAACCAUCUUGUUACUAUUUUUGGUGAAGCUGUAUAUUGGACAUAUUAAUUUGUGAAGUGAUUCUCGUAUUUCAAUUUAUAUAGGUUCCCCUGUGCAGCAAGUGCAAUUCCCUUUUCUCCUUUCCCUUCUUUUUUUGUUUGUUUCUUUUUUUUACACCCCCAACACACACCUGCAGAACUACUGAGGUUGGGCGGACAGGGGGAGCCGAAGUGAGGAGCGUUACUUUUAUAAAUGUGCAAAUAAAGAUCCUUUCAUUACAUA